AUGGCAAAGAGUUGGGACGAUAUAAAGUAUGCGACUUCACAGGCGAGGCUUGAUGAAGACGAAGUUGUGAGGACUACUGCGUACAAGCAUGGAACUCCUCUUGAAGGAGGCAAGAUUGCCGAGUCGGAGCCUGUUGAUUUCUUCCAAGGCAAUAUAAUUGUUAAUUAG